CAUUAUCUCAUUGGUAGAAGAAGAAGAAGAAGGAAGGCAUGUUCGUAUGAUCGUCAUUAUCUCAUUGGUAGAAGAAGAAGAUCGUCCGUCAACGUUCGAUCGUACACAGCGGAUGCCGAUCCCGGAGUUGGACAGCCUCACAUCCAAGGCUGUAAAAUCUGAAGACAAUUUUGCUCUCGCUGAACUGAACCAUGGGUCGCCGCAAGCGUCACCAUCGCUCCGCUCCCCCGAUGAUGGAUGUGAGCCCAAUACAGCGCGUGUCCCUCAUCCUCAUCAACCUCGCCCUAAUGGUUUUCUCAGGGCUUGUUUUGGCUACUAGUACUUACUCCCUGAUCGAGCGGUGGGACGACUUACAUUGGAUCGAGUCCUCGGUGGUGGUGAACUUAAUCGUCCACCUGGAGAUUCCCUUCCUGACAACGAGUUUCAUCGUGUUCGGCAUCGCGACAUUGGGAUACAUUGGCUCGCUUCGUGAAAACAGGACGCUUCUAUGGCACUACUCCUGCAGCUUAUCGAUCCUUCAAUAUACCGUCCUCGCUUUCGCAGCGUUUAUUUUCGUUGCCCCUCUAUUCACUAAGAAGUCCAUCGAAAACGUAAUCAGCAUCGACCUUAUCGUAAACUACAGGGACAACGCUGACUACCAAGGCCUAGUCGACUAUAUCCAGGCUGCAUUCGAAUGUUGCGGCGUGUCAGACAAAUCCUACAGAGAUUGGAACAACAAUAUUUACUUCAACUGCAGCAAAACCAAUCCCAGUUUCGAACGUUGCAGUGUUCCAGCGUCCUGCUGUAAACCGCAAGACACAGAUAAUGAAGUAACCGCAAUAGUUACUAGUACGGGAGGACGGUAUUGCGGCCAGGGCGUUUUAGAUAUGCCUGAGCUGCAAGCUUGGAACCUGGUGUAUACACGCAGCUGUCCGAGUGCGAUGGUCGGCAAGGCCAGAGCAUACGGUAUCUACAUCGUCGGUGGCUGCGUCGUCGCUGUUAUCUUACUGGUCAUUUUGGCCUACAUGGCCGACCACGUUCGUGAAGAGAUCAAACAGCUGACGAAGGUCUACGAGCGCUACUACGAAGAUAUUCGACGCGGAGUGCGCAAGAAACUUGCCAAGAGACGUGCGCUUGCUCGCGUUCCAAGGGGCUGUGUCGUGGUGCGUCAGCAGCAUGACAAGCAGGACACCUCAUCCUCAUCUUCUGAUGAGGGUCCUCCUGAUCAAUACCAGCAAGAUCCACGAAUGAUCCGCCCGGUGGCCAGCGCUGUUCCAGCCAACCAGCCAUACGGGUCGCCUUACGUGCAUCCCAAACGAAUGGGUCGACUGGAUAGACUGCAACCUGUCUAUCGCCAAUAUAGAUAAUAGCAAUAGCGACAAGACAAAUUAGCGGUCACGAAUGUAGUUGCGUAGAAGUGGAUGUUAAAUAGUACAUAGUAGUGAAGGGUAAUUAAUGAAUAAUUCAUUUCAUGGUGGCAAGGAACAAAGUAGUGUAGCAGUGUGUAGUAGUUCAGCGAACCUUCUAAGAUAUACAGGGUGUUGCACGAGAGAGUGCCCCAAAUUAUUAAAAAAAACAUUUGCGUGAGAUAAAAAUUGAGAUAAACCUUGUG